CCCAUGAUCAGAUUACAUUGAUGAGUCCCAUAAAUUUAUAUUCUUUACAGCUUUUCUCUCUCUCUUAUUAAAAACCCUUGUUACUUGAUGGUUAUAGUUAAGUCUGAGCUGAUAAUUGUUUUCUGAAAGAGAAAGUGAAGAUGGGAAAAGCACCAUGUUUUGAUAAGGAUGGAGUGAAAAAAGGAGCUUGGUCUCCUGAAGAAGAUGCCAAAUUAAUUCAACAUAUCAAAGAGCAUGGCCAUGGAAACUGGCGUAACCUUCCUAAGGAAGCAGGUCUUCUUCGAUGCGGAAAAAGUUGUCGGCUUCGAUGGAUAAACUAUCUUCGCCCUGACAUAAAACGGGGUCCAUUUUCUCAUGAAGAAGAGGCUACUAUUAUUCAACUUCAUGGCUUGCUCGGUAACAAGUGGGCUGUUAUAGCUUCCCAUGUAACAGGAAGAACAGAUAAUGAGAUUAAAAAUUUUUGGAAUACGCAUCUAAAGAGGCGUCUUCUUUCCGCGGGGAGCAAUAAGCAGAGCCACCAAUCCCCAUCCUGUUCUGGAACAAGCACUAUCAAAUUGGAGUCACCUUCAACUUCAACCAGCCACAUGGUACAAUGGGAGAGUAUCAGGGUUGAGGCUGAGGUUCGCUUGUCAAUGGAAUCGUCCCAACUCAACUCAUCAUUGGAAGAUAAAACUGACUCUGAUAUCUUUCUUAGAUUAUGGAAUUCCCGAGUUGGAAAAUCAUUUUGUUCAAGUACUGCUAGGGAAGGUGGAGUGCUUACAAAUGCAGUGUCCGAAACAUUGCCAACAGAAUUGGAAUCAGAUUCGAUUGCUACACUUCAAGCUAGACCCACUGGAACCAGUACUUCUACUGACACCACCACUCAGGAACAAGAUGAUUGUUACCGACCAAAUGUAGAUAUGGUACCUCCUUCAGACACCAACAGCUCUAAUGACUUCCCUGAUUCUUUUGAUACAGCAUUGAUGUCGCUACUAGACUUCCCAGUUGUUAAAUGACACGGAAUUAAUUCUUACGCGAACAAACUGAUAAUCUUCAAUGCGACUGAAACUGUCAUUUUCCA